CCGGGCCUUAUCAGUGCAUGAUCAGAUAUCGGGCAUAAGAGAACAGGUGUGGACAACACACGACGAGUCAUUAUCACCCGAGUCGAAACGUGCGAAGCUCAAGACCACUGCAUUACACUUGCACGGAAAAAGGGAGCAACACUAAAAGGCCAACUGCUUUCGGAUCCACGUGUGUCCAAUUCGGUGUGCCCAGCAAGAGGGAGCCUCUCCGCGUAGCCGCUUCGCGCUUGCGUUCCUGAGCGAUGCCGACCGCGAAAUGAAUUACACUACUACCAAUUCGUCCAACAAGAAGAAGCGUGCCAAUCCGCAGGUCACUGACGGUGCUGAUGAUGCCGUCGAAGGUGGUUCUGGGGAUGGUGUUGCCGCGACUUCGAAUGGCGCGUCUUCAGCUUCGUCAUCCAACUUUCGCAAUGUCAGCGCGUGUAAUCGAUGCCGACUAAGGAAGAAUCGCUGCGACCAGAAACUGCCGGCGUGUACGAGCUGCGAAAAGGCAAAUGUCAAGUGUGUUGGCUUCGAUCCCGUCAGCAAACGCGAGAUACCCAGAAGUUAUGUUUACUACUUGGAAAGUCGAGUACAGCAUCUGGAAUCUCUGUUGCAAUCUAACGACAUUCCCUAUGCGCCAACGGAUGACUUUAGCAUGAGCGUGACAGCUCCUACUUCUCCUACAAUACCGUCUGCUAGCGAAGCGGUAGUUGUAGGCGCGCAAAAGUAUCUCGACACCAAUGUCGCCCCGACUUCAGCUGUAUCAACGGAGCAGACCGAGCAGAAACACUUGUCCAACCUCGUUCACAACAUAGGAAUGGUCUCUGUACAGGGCGCAUCGGAUGCCAGGUAUCUUGGAUCUACUUCUGGAAUAUCUUUUGCCAGAGUCGUAUUUGCCGCAGUCAAGAGCUCCGUGUCCGGUUCAACCUCUGAACGUGGCGGUGUUCGACCUUCGAAGCCUCUCACGAGUGGUGCAGCUACGGGAGGUACUACCAUGAGAGACUCUUUCUUUGGACUUCAGACAAAACCCGCCAUCAAGCCAGCAACAUUCCCUGAUAAGGAUAUCGGACGAAGGCUCAUGGAGCUGUAUUUCGAGCACUCCAACCCUCAAAUACCAAUCCUUCAUCGUGGAGAGUUCAUGGCUCUGUUUGACAAGGUGUAUGCGACCGAGGAGAAGAAGAGAACGCCACGAGAACUAUAUAUGCUCAAUAUUGUCUUUGCCACUGGUGCCGGAGUGAUUUUGGAGGCCUCUGACAAGAAUAACGAUGCGGAAGCCGCCGCUGAUGGCAAAGGUGGUCAGAGCCGAAAAAGGCAAAAGCUGUCUCACGAGCAGUCCCGACCCGAAGAGUACCACGCUUCAGCCAUAGUACAUCUGGAAUCAUUCCUCGGGUCAUCUUCUUCUUCACCGGAGGGAAUAGGCAGUGGUCUCGAGGAGUUGCAGGCUGUUCUCCUGCUAGCAGGAUUUGCGUUGCUCCGUCCCGUUGCGCCAGGUCUCUGGUACAUUGUAGGAGUAGCAGUACGUCUCGCUGUGGACCUUGGUCUACACAACGAAGAUCCGGAGGCUUCUGCAGAAGUCAGCGACGAAAAAGGCCAGACAGAGAUGACAAGCGCCGCGAGAGAGGAGUACGGACGUCGCCAGUAUAUCAGAGACUUCCGAAGGAGGUUGUGGUGGUGUGUAUACUCGUUCGAUCGCCUGGUGUCAACUUGCGUUGGCAGACCUUUCGGUAUCACGGAUCAAGUCAUCACCACUGAGUUCCCGACAUUACUUGAUGACAAGUAUAUUACACCCAGUGGUUUCUUGACACCGCCGCAGAACGAAUAUGGUAGCAUACCGAGCUAUAAGCAUGUCUCAUAUCAUUACUUCAGACUUCGAUUGUUGCAGUCCGAAGUGUUGCAGGUCUUGCAGCAUCGCCAAACUCAGCAAUUCAGAGAAAGAGGAACCGUCAACGGAGCAAAUCGAUGGAUGCAUACGGAUCUUCCUUCGCCAUUUUUGUCGAGAUACUCCAGCUUCAGGGAAUGGCGAGGCGACAUUGACCGAAGGUUAUAUGAGUGGAUUGAGUCAUCACCCACCCAAACGAUGACCGGAGUCGCGUUCUCACCACUGUUCUUAGAACUCAAUUACUGGCUAACUGUAACAAUGCUCUAUCGCCAGUCUCUGUCAGUACCGCCGUCACUUGCUGGCGAGCUAGAUGCAUCAACCGGAGAUGAUGUGACCAGUCCUGGCCAUGUUGACUACGAAGAAGAGGACGAGGAGAUGGUGUUCCUGAAGGUGGCUGAAGCUGGCCAGAAGACGCUCAAAAUCUACCGACAACUGCAUCGUGUGAGAUUGGUCAACCACACAUUCCUCGCUACCCAUCACCUAUUCAUGUCCGGAAUAUCUUUCCUGUAUGCCAUCUGGCACUCGACGGUUGUCCGAUCCAAGCUCACGCUGGAUGACGUCGACUUCACAAUUCUGGCAGCGACAUCUGUACUUGGAGACAUGAUUGAGAAGUGUCCUCCAGCUGAAGCGUGUCGAGAUGCUUUCGAUCGUAUGAGUAAAGCUACCAUCGCGAUGGUUGAGCAAACGACGGGAUUUGGAUCACAAGCUCUGAGGUACAUUGCACAAGCGCAAAAAGUGCAGCAACAUUCGGUAAAUGCUGCAUCUAGUGAUCCUAGCCCUAGGCAGCCCAACGCAAAUCCAGCGAUGCCGGUUGUCAACCAAAGCAGGCCACAACAGCAACAGCAGUCGCAACAAGCUAGGAGACCCAUGCCUCGAUUUGACAUGAAUCUCCGAGAUUUGUUUACUGAUGAUGAGUCCACCAACCGACCAUCCGCCCAGAGGCGAGCGCCUUUCCCUGUAGCUCGGGCUCAAAACCCAGCUAUCAAGCGUGAGGGAGGGCAAGGCUUCCCAAACACGCCUGCAGGGCCCGCAUACCAACAAAAUCAAAUCUCACCUCGUUUGUAUGCACCUAGUCCACCGAUCGACCCAUCUCUACAGUCGACACCACCACCUUUGGCCAGACAAUCACCCAGCCAACACCAUUACUACCCCCGAGGAGGACAGAAUUACGUAGGACCUGGACCGCAGGGAGUGCCGGGUCAUCUGGAAGGCUUCGAGUUUCUGCAAGACUUUCAACUUCCAGAUCAAGGUGGAGUAGUUGGACAGCCAGGACAAGCACCAGCGAACUAUGGAGAAUUCGACAUGGGCUUUGGGGCAGGCGGACUUGCAUUCGACGGUGGUGGUCAGCCAUGGGACGAGAAUGGAGGAUUUGACCUAUUCGAUGGAUUCUUCUUCGGUGGAACGAACGGAGGUGGUCAGAGGUAA